CACUUCAACUACAAGGACAAGUCAGAGCAAACUGAGUGUAUUAUUAUAAUACCGGGAGAGUUGUCCACUCAAAUCACAGAAACGGUAACCCAUAAUGUCGUCCAGAACACCGCCUCGUGUCCAAGCGGCCAUAUCAGCAACCAAAACCGCCCUCAGAGAAGCCAACAGUUUCUAUGCCCUCGAGAUAGACAAUUUCCCUGUCAUGGCAGGCAUCAGAGCAGGCAUCAAAACCACAGCGGACUUCUUUCUCCGAAUCGACGAGUACACCCGCGGAGUAUUGACCCCCGAGGAAUUCCUCUCUGCCCUGUCCAACCUGAGAUCACUGGCCCAGGACCGCCGGAUCAUCCUGCAGGACGCUUCGAGGCGAGGCAAAGCCAUGCGCGUCUCCCUCCCCGAGCCCGCCGAGUUGAAGCUGCGUUACACGGUCAACGACUUUCGCACCGGUCGUUCGUUUCAUGACUACAUCCGGGAUGUGACCUUGUGGGUCGAGGGUGAGUUGGCCGAGAACGAGAGUCUCGAUCUUUCCGGGGAGGUGAGAGAUGAUGUCUUCUUCAGCGUUCUGUUUGUGGGGAUUAAGGAUGAGUUCUUGUCGUACUUUGAAGACUCUCUCUCCAGAUCCGAUCGGCGGUCGCUUGAAGAGAUUGAGAAAGCCUGGUGGAGGUUGUUGAAAGAUCGCAACCUUUUGGCCCGGGUUGCCACUUCUUCCUAACCAGUCUCGCGGCUCGCCUAGUGCUGGAAUAUAUUAUGCAUGCAGAGCAAAGGUGAGUCAAGAAGAGCCUUGCCGUUUUAUGUGAGGCUUUAAGCGUUGACACUUUUACUGAAAAUAUCAACUCAUUUCUCC